AUGGCACCGAUCUCGUCGAGUCUCGUGCUGCCGUGCCUCGCCUUCCACCGGGCCGCGGACAGGUCGACGGUCCUCUUCAGCGUGCCGGAGAAGAAGGCCAUUGAUGCCGACAUCGCCGACGUCGACGAGGUGCUGGCCAACAAGACCAUCCUGCCCACGGCGCGCGGCUACGUGCUCGCCCACGACCCGACCACCAUGUCCACCUUCCUCUACAGCCCCCAGACCCGCCGCAAGAUCGACCUGCCGCCGCUAGACCUAGAGGGCGACCAGGACCUGCUCGUGGACUACCACUGCCUGCUCUCCGACGACCCCACCGACCCCAGCUGCGUCGUGCUCCUCGUCGAGCUCGACCAUCCCUUCAUCCUGUACCACCGCAUCGGGGACGGCGAGCAGAACCGUCAGUGGCACGAGCACGAGUUCGACAUCGGGUCCCAGCCGUACGACCCGGACGACUUGACGCUGCUCGAGAAGACGGUGAUCACCCCGAUCGCGGCGUGCCGCGGCAAGUUCUACUUCAACCCCAUGGACGAGAUGGGCGUCAUCGACUUCUCCUCCCCCGACCGCGACGCCGGGCCGGCGUUCGGGUCGAUCGCCGCCGGGUCCGACGAAAGCGUCACGCUGGCGAAGGUUUUCCUGGUGGAAUCCCAGGGGGAGCUCUACAAGGUUAGCCUCCUGUUCGACGUGGCCGACGUGUACACGGUCACGGGCUCGAGCGUUCACGUGAUGGAUUUCGAGAGCUCGCGGUGGCGCAGGGCGGGCGAUCUCGGCGGCCGCGCGUUCGUGCUGUCGCUGUUCAACUUCGGCGCCUCGUGCGAGUCGGGAGGGGAGGCUGGGCUGCGAGGGGACUGCGUGUACGUCGCGUAUCCUGUGGCGAGGAAGUUGCUGGUUUUCGAUGUCAAGGAUGGGAGAAUGGAGUCGGUGAAGCUUGACGAAGCUCCCAAAUCGGAUAAAGCGUUCUGGGUGCUUCCUAGCUACUAAGCUAAU